UGCUGUGAAGUAAUUUUGCAAUCAUUGUUUUUUGGCAACUCUGCAUGUGUAGUCUCUCACUGGUCACUGGAGAGAUAGAGAGAGACAGACAGGCUACUUCCGAAGUCGCCCCCACGUUAACUAGCGUGUUUUGUGGAUUUGUAACUUUUUUUCCUCCCGCUCUCUACCUUUUUUCACGAAAAUAUCAAACUUUCUCAGGAACCAUUGCGGCAUUCGAAUAUUCAAUCAUUUACGAGAUAGGUACGAAUUUGUUCGAGCAUUUAGUUUCUGGGUUUUGUUUUUGAACUGUUUUAAAGAUCUGGGUUGCUGCAUUUGCCCAGUAAAGUUAUGAACUUUGUAGUGUAGAUCUGGGUUUUAAAGCUUGAAGCUUGCCGAUGGUGGGUUUUUUUGAUCUGAUUUGUGCUCAAAUUUUGGGGUUUUGGUUGUUAAAUUUGUUCUUUCGGGGGUUCUGUGAACUGGGUAGUGCUUAGAUUCUGUGAAUUUUGGUUGAUCUGAAACUUUCCGGGGCUUUGGGAAACAGUGAAGGAGUUAGAAGAAGACAUUGGAUUUUGCCUGGAAAUUUUGAAUUAGGACAUUUGGGGAUUUUAUUUUUGUGAUGUAAUGGCAUCUGUUGUAUAAUCAUCAGUGAAAGUCACUAUUGUUGUCAUUGAAUUUGGAAAGUUUGGUGAUGGAAUUGAUAUAAUAAGCCAAAAAAUAAGCAAAAUUUAGCAUUCAAUUCCACACAAACAUGUCUUCAACAACCUCACCUUCUCCAAAUUCUUCCCCUUCUGCGGUCCCACCAACUUCACCUGAUACCUCGUCACCACCCCCAUCAAAUUCUUCAACUACCCCAACUACCACUGCAACCCCUUCUGACGCUUCACCUCCCCGUGCCCAAUCUCCUCCUCCAGCAUCACCAGCUGCUCCCACUCCAAAAUCGUCACCACCGCCGUCCACUCCGCCACCAACUUCACCACCGCCUUCCACGCCUCAGGCUCCACCACCUUCCACGCCUCAGGCUCCACCGCCUUCCACACCGCAGGUUCCACCGCCUUCCACUCCUCAGGCUCCACCACCAUCCCCUCCACAGUCUCCACCCCCAUCAUCUCCGGCAUCACCCCCGCCAUCACCUCCUCCAGCAUCACCACCACCUUCUCCACCAGCUGCCUCUCCUCCGGCUACGUCUGAAUCCCCACCACCUGCAUCAAAGGGUUCUCCCCCUCCCAAAUCUUCCCCACGUCCAGCACAAGCCUCACCUCCACCUAAGUCCACAGAGUCACCACCUCCUCCAGCUGAUGUCCCGCCCCCUUCGUCCGCUUCUCCACCACCACCACAAGGAGAAACACCAAAAAAAUCUCCUCCAUCCCCCACUGUCACACCUCCUCCAUCUGGCUCCAAAUCUGCUCCUCCACCAGCCGAUAAAUCUCCCCCUGCACCCACGGUGCAAUCACCACCUCCUUCGGUCCCUUCAUCUUCUUCACCUCCUGUUACUUCUCCUACCCUGCCUAGUAGUAAUUCGUCAAGUCCCCCUCCCUUACCACAGAAGCCAACUGCAAGGUCAACCACUGGUGCCAAUGUGACAUCAAAUGCCACAUCUGGAAAGAAAGGAGGGUUAAACACUGGAGGAGCUGUGGCAAUUGGAGUUGUAGUUGGAUUCCUGGUGCUCAGUCUUGUUGUCAUGGCGGUGUGGUACAGAAAGAAGCAGAAGAAAGGAAGAGCUGGAGAAAAUUUUGCGUACAACAUGCCUUCCCCCUUUGCUUCAUCCCAGAAUUCAGAUUCGGUAUUUCUUAAGCCUUAUUCUCCAGCUCCCCUCCUAGGAAAUAGUUCUGGCAGUGAUUUGAUAUAUGCACAAUCGGAUGGUGGCGUAAACAAUUCAAAGUCAUGGUUCACAUACGAAGAACUAAGCAAAGCCACAAAUGGGUCAAAACAGAACCUUUUGGGCGAAGGUGGAUUUGGUUGUGUAUACAAAGGUGUUUUGGAAGACGAAAGAGAAGUUGCUGUAAAACAGCUCAAAAUUGGUGGGGGACAAGGGGAACGUGAGUUUAAAGCUGAAGUUGAAAUUAUUAGUCGAGUACACCAUCGCCAUUUGGUUUCCCUGGUUGGUUAUUGUAUAUCUGAGCAUCAAAGGUUGCUUGUCUACGACUUCGUUCCAAAUGAUACACUUCAUUACCAUCUUCAUGGUGAGGGCAUGCCGGUUCUGGAUUGGGCAACCAGAGUCAAGGUUGCUGCUGGUGCAGCUCGUGGAAUAGCUUACUUACAUGAAGAUUGUCAUCCUCGCAUUAUUCACAGAGAUAUUAAGUCGUCAAACAUCCUUUUGGAUAGCAACUUUGAAGCUCAGGUUGCAGAUUUUGGGCUUGCAAAGCUAACGUUGGAUUCAAAUACUCAUGUGACCACAAGAGUAAUGGGAACAUUCGGAUACAUGGCACCAGAAUAUGCAACAAGUGGAAAGUUGACGGACAAGUCUGAUGUUUACUCUUAUGGUGUUGUGCUAUUGGAGCUAAUUACAGGUCGCAAACCGGUGGAUUCUUCUCAGCCAUUGGGUGAUGAGAGCCUAGUUGAAUGGGCUCGACCUUUGCUUAGUCAAGCACUUGAAAGUGAAGACUUCGAAGGGCUGGCAGAUCCAAGGCUGGAAAAGAAUUACAUCGAGAAUGAAAUGUUCCGAAUGAUUGAAGCAGCUUCAGCUUGUGUGCGUCAUUCAGCUGCGAAAAGGCCACGGAUGAGACAGGUGGUAAGGGCUUUCGACUCCUUAGAUGAAUUAUCAGAUCUCAGUAACGGAAUGAAACCUGGCCAGAGCGAAAUAUUUGAUUCUGCAGAACACUCUGCACAAAUUAGAAUGUUUCAGAGGAUGGCAUUCGGUAGUCAAGACAACAGUACGAGUUUUUUCAAUCAAAGUCAGAGUAGCUGGAAAAGUAGGGACUCCCGAGAGCAAGGGUACCAGAAUCAGAGAAGCUGGGCGAGUAGAGACUCUCGGGAGCAUGGGGAUCAAACUCAGAGCAGCUGGAGUCGAGACCAGAGAGACGCGAGAAACCCGAGUACUUCGAUAUCCAUAGAUAGAUCUGGGAUAUGGAACAACUGAGAGUUCAACCAACUGUUUGAGCCAGGCUAAGCUGUGUUGUGCUGCUCAUUUCUUGUAAAUCCUACACAUAUCAUAUCAUUUUUCCAUUUAUUUUUUGUAUUCUCUGCUAACAUGAUUUUGUUGCCAGGAUCCCAAUUUCUGUAUUCUUUUUGUAAUUUAGAUUCAUUGAUGCAGUAUAUUGUAUCUGUAUUUGUUGUUUUAAUAGAAGUAUAUAAUUUUAUUAUUCUGAAU